CCCCCCAAAACUUAACCGACGUUCGCGUUCCAGCGCUCGAGGGUGCGAGAGCACCCUCAUCCUUGGAUCCCUUCCCCUCCACCUGCCUCUCGCCAUUGUGGGAUCCGGGGAAGCUUGGGAGGGCGUUCGAUCCUUUCCCUCCCCUUCCUCCCCCACAGAUCGAUUCCCGAGGAAGAAACCCUAGCCAGAGAAAGAUGGCCCCGGGACGAAGGAGACACGAGCGACUCCGGUGGAGCAAGCUCUACACUUUUUCUUGUCUCCGUCCCACCGUGGUGACGGACGAUGAGCAACCCCAUCCCCUGCAAGGGCCCGGAUACUCGCGGCUCGUCCAUUGCAACCAGCCCGGAUUACACCAAAAGAAACCGCUCAAUUACUGCACCAACCACAUCAGCACAACCAAGUACAACAUCAUCACCUUCCUCCCCAAGGCCAUCUUCGAGCAGUUCCGCCGCGUCGCCAACCUAUACUUCCUUCUCACCGCAUCACUCUCUCUCACCCCCGUGACGCCCUUCUCUGCGGUGAGCAUGAUUGCGCCAUUGGCAUUCGUCGUCGGUCUCAGUAUGGCUAAGGAGGCAAUGGAAGAUUGGAACAGGUUUAUGCAGGACAUGAAGGUUAACAGCCGUAAGGUCAGCGUCCACAGUGGAGAGGGGCGCUUCGGCUACAAACAUUGGCAGGAGAUUCGUGUUGGAGAUGUUGUGAGGGUGGAAAAGGACCAAUUCUUCCCCGCCGACUUGCUUCUACUGUCAUCGAGCUAUGACGACGGCAUAUGCUAUGUCGAGACCAUGAAUUUGGAUGGAGAAACAAAUCUGAAGGUUAAAAGAUCUUUGGAGGUGACUUUGCCAUUGGAUGGUGACGCCAGUUUCAGACAUUUCACAAGCACCAUUCGAUGCGAAGACCCCAAUCCCAAUCUCUACACUUUCGUGGGUAACUUUGAGUAUGAGAAGAAGGUUUACGCUCUUGACCCAGGUCAGAUUCUCCUCAGGGACUCCAAGCUUCGGAACACUACAUAUGUCUACGGUGUGGCUAUCUUCACCGGCCAUGACAGCAAAGUGAUGCAGAAUUCUACGGAAUCACCAUCUAAGAGAAGCAGAAUUGAGAAGAAAAUGGAUAAUAUUAUAUACGUUCUCUUCACCUUUCUCAUACUGAUUUCAUUGAUCAGCUCAAUCGGCUAUGGUGUGAUCACAAAGUUCGGGAUGCCACAAUCGUGGUAUUUGCAACCGAGCGAGACCUCAUACGUUUAUGAUGCUUCGAAGCCUGUUUUAUCUGGCUUCUACCAUCUUCUUACUGCUCUUAUUCUUUAUGGAUACCUUAUUCCCAUUUCACUAUAUGUUUCGAUCGAGGUUGUCAAGGUCUUGCAAGCAACCUUCAUCAACCAAGAUAUUCACAUGCGUGAUGAGGAGACAGGAUAUUCAGCGCAAGCACGGACAUCAAAUUUGAAUGAGGAGCUCGGGCAGGUUGAUACGAUAUUAUCAGACAAAACUGGCACCUUGACUUGCAACCAGAUGGAUUUUUUGAGGUGCUCCAUUGCUGGAGUUCCAUAUGGUGUGGUUUCUAGUGAAGUGGAGAUCGCAGCUGUGAAGCAGAUAGCAUCGGAAGUUUCUGGCACAAUCGAGCAGCAUAGCAGCACUCAAGAUUUCUGGGAGGAUAGUGGGGAUGGCUUUGGCUCAUCGGAGUGUGAAUUGGAAGUCGGGAUCGCUCGCAUGGUUGGGAAGCCACAAAGGCCUACAACCAAGGGGUUCAGCUUCGAGGACGACCGCCUCAUUCAUGGGAAUUGGGCAAAAGAGCCUAAUGCCGGUACCAUUCUUGUGUUCUUGAGGGUACUUGCUCUCUGUCAUACAGCAAUUGCGGAGGCAAAUGAAAAAACUGGUGCUUUUACAUACGAAGCAGAAUCACCGGAUGAAGCAGCUUUCCUUGUUGCAGCCAGAGAAUUUGGGUUUGAAUUUUGUAAGAGGACUCAAUCAAGUGUCUUCAUCAGGGAGAGAUACUCUGCUUCGGAGGAUCCUGUAGAAAGGGAGUUCAAGGUUCUGAAUAUUUUGGAGUUCAACAGCAAAAGGAAGAGAAUGUCAGUGAUUUUGCGUGAUGAGACCGGGCAGAUUAUUCUUUUAUGCAAAGGUGCUGACAGCAUCAUUUUGGAUAGGCUGUCAAAAAAUGGAAGAAUAUAUGAGAUCGAGACGAUUAAACAUCUAAAUGAAUAUGGGGAGGCAGGCCUGCGGACUUUAGCACUGGCUUAUCGUGUUCUUGAUGAAUCCGAGUACUCUGCUUGGAACACAGAGUUCCUUAAAGCCAAAACUACCAUUGGGCAUCACAGAGAAGCUGAACUCGAGCGUGUCUCUGACACAAUUGAGAGGGAUCUGAUUCUUGUUGGUGCAACUGCUGUCGAAGACAAAUUACAGAAAGGAGUUCCACAGUGCAUAGAUAAACUAGCACAAGCUGGUCUCAAAAUCUGGGUUCUGACGGGUGAUAAGAUGGAGACUGCAAUUAAUAUAGGAUUCUCCUGUAGUUUACUUAGACAAGGCAUGAAGCAGAUCUGUUUAUCCGUCGAUAGCAGUAACAUACUGUCAUUAAACAAAGAAAAGGCUGCAAAAGAGAGUACUUUGAUGCAAAUAAUUGAUGCCCAUGAAAUGGUCAAGCUAGAGAAGGAUCCAAAUGCGGCAUUUGCUUUGAUCAUCGAUGGUAAAACCUUAACUUACGCCCUGGAGGAUGACCUAAAGAAUCAAUUUUUAAGUCUAGCAGUUAAUUGUGCUUCUGUCAUAUGCUGCCGGGUCUCACCAAAGCAGAAGGCAUUGGUGACUCGUCUGGUGAAAGAAGGCACAGGUAAAACUACAUUAGCCAUAGGCGAUGGUGCUAAUGAUGUGGGCAUGAUUCAAGAGGCUGAUAUCGGUGUCGGCAUUAGUGGGGUAGAAGGAAUGCAGGCUGUGAUGGCCAGUGAUUUCUCCAUAUCUCAGUUUCGAUUCCUCGAACGGCUUCUCGUUGUCCAUGGCCACUGGUGCUACAAGCGGAUAGCACAGAUGAUAUGCUAUUUCUUCUACAAGAACAUAGCCUUUGGCCUCACAAUUUUCUACUUCGAGGCGUAUACUGGCUUCUCCGGGCAAUCAGUGUAUGCCGACUGGUACAUGCUACUAUUCAACGUCAUUCUAACCUCGUUGCCGGUGAUAUCAUUAGGAGUCUUUGAACAAGAUGUCUCCUCCGAAGUAUGCUUACAGUUUCCAGCAUUGUACCAACAAGGGCCCAGGAACCUUUUCUUCGAUUGGUACAGGAUUUUUGGAUGGAUGGGCAAUGGUCUAUACUCAUCCAUAGUCAUAUAUUUCCUCAGCAUCCAAAUCUUCUACAGCCAGGCGUUCCGCGCCAACGGCCAGACUGCCGACAUGGCUGCCGUGGGCACGAGCAUGUUCACCUGCAUCGUUUGGACUGUGAACCUGCAAAUUGUGCUGACAAUGAGCCACUUCACAUGGAUUCAGCACCUCUUUGUGUGGGGCAGCAUCGCCACGUGGUACCUCUUCCUGAUAGCUUACGGAAUGUGCUCGCCGGUGAUCUCUGGAAAUGCCUACCGGAUACUGUCGGAAGCUCUCGGGCCUGCCCCCAUGUACUGGGCUGCCACACUUUUAGUCACUCUUUCCUGCAACAUUCCCUAUCUGGUCUACAUCGCCUUCCAGAGAGCCUUGAAUCCACUUGAUCACCAUGUGAUCCAGGAGAUCAAGUAUUACAGGAAGGAUGUGGAGGACCAGCAUAUGUGGAAGAGGGAGAGGUCCAAAGCUAGGCAGAGGACCAAGAUUGGUUUUACAGCAAGAGUAGAUGCCAAGAUCAGGCAGCUGAAAAGGAAGCUGCAGAAGAAAGUCUCAUCGCUGAGCAUCCAAACUCAAUCAUAACACGCCCAUGGCCUCCUACUUGGUUGACUCUUUCUUCUCCGUGUCAUCUGUCAUUGGCUCUAGAGUUUUCUUCCUCACUAAAACGUUUCAUAUCUGGAUCCAUGUUGAGGCAAGGCUCUAUGGAACUAGUUGACGUAUAUGUUGAGUCAAUGCUCA